CUAGCUAAUGUGCUGAACGCUGAUUGGUCCGUGCGUAGCCACCAUUGCACAAGUACCUUGCAACACGCCCCUGCAUAAAAUACACGGUGUUUCUGCAUCGGUUCGGCAUAUUUCACGGAAGUGGAAUAAACAAUCAAAAUGACAGAAAAGGGAAAGCGUGGCGGUGCCCCUUUCGGCUUUGCGGGCGGGAGUGGUUCGGAGGAGUCCAUCUACAGGAUCCCACCCUACUACUACAUCCACGUGCUCAACCACAACACAAAUGUCACCACUGUGGAGACUGGGCCCCGCACAUUCAUCAGGCAGGACCAUGAAAGGGUCAUCUUCGGUCCCGAGAAGAUGGCCAUGGUCCCCCCUCGUCACUACUGCAUCAUUGAGAACCCUGUCCAGCGCAACGAGGACGGCUCGGUGAUUGAGGACCAGAGCGGACAGAUCAAGCUGAACCACGCCGACCAGGAGAUCCGUCUGACUCAAGAACCAUUCCCUCUCUACCCGGGAGAAAUCCUGAAACUGCCUGUGACUGCACUCAAGGUAGUCCCAGCCAACUCGGCCCUCCGACUCCGCGCUAUCCUAGACUUCGACGACGCCGUGGCCAAGACCAAGCGCGUGGCCGGCGACGAGUGGCUCUUUGAAGGUCCGGGCACCUACAUCCCCCGCAAGGAAGUCGUCGUGGACGAGACGGUCCGGGCGACCAUCAUCAAGGCCAACCAGGCCAUCAAGCUGCGGGCAAGGAAGGAGACACUGGACCGACAGGGGGAUGCCAGAGUGACCGGGGAAGAGUGGCUGGUCAAAAAGGUUGGCGCUUACCUGCCGGGGGCCUACGAGGAGGUGGUGGGCGUGGUGAAUGCCUACGUGCUGACAGACAAGAAAGCACUCCACGUCACUGCAACCCGUACCUUCAAGGACGACCAUGGCGUGGUCAGGAAGAACGGAGAGGAAUGGCUGAUCACCAUGGAGGACACUGAAGCCCACAUUCCUCAGGUCUACGAGGAGGUUGUUGGAGUCGUAGCCAUCACCACUCUGACCAACCGGCAGUAUUGUGUGAUCCUGGAUCCUGUAGGUGAGGACGGCAAGCCACAGCUGGGCCAGAAGAAACUAGUCAAGGGUGAGAAGUCUUUCUUCCUGCGUCCCGGUGAGCAUCUUGAGAAGGGCAUCCAAGGUAUCUUUGUCCUGGGAGAGGACGAGGGACUCAUGCUCAGGUCCCAGGAGGCCUUCAAGGACACAGACGCUGAUGUGGAUCGCCAGCCAGGUGACAAGUGGAUGAUCCGUGGUCCCAAGGAGUACGUCCCUCCCGUGGAGGUGGAGGUGGUGGACCGUCGCAAGGCCAUCCCUCUGGAUGAGAACGAGGGUAUCUACGUCAGAGAUACCAAGACAGGAAAGGUGCGUGCCAUCACCGGCGUGACCUACAUGCUGAGCCAAGAUGAGGAGCUUUGGCAGAAGGAGCUGCCUCCAGCCGUGGAGACCCUCUUGAUCAGCAUGAAGGACCCCCUGGCGGACCGGGGCGAGCGCGGCGGCUCAGGCAGUCAGAAGGACAAACCUCGGGAGAAGACGCGGGUGGUGACGUUCCGAGUGCCCCACAAUGCAGCGGUGCAGAUCUACGACUACAAGGAGAAGAAAGCUAGGGUCGUCUUUGGUCCCGAGCUGGUCAUGCUGGGCCCUGAUGAGCAGUUCACCCAGCUGAGUCUGUCUGGAGGCAAACCCAAACGCCCCAACGUCAUCAAGUCCCUGUGCCUUCUCCUGGGCCCGGACUUCUGCACGGAUAUCAUCACCAUCGAGACCUCCGAUCACGCCCGACUGCAACUGCAGCUCUCAUACAACUGGCAUCUGGACGUCAACAAGAACAGCACCGCAGCCGAGGCCGCCAAGCUCUUCAGCGUUCCUGACUUCAUCGGCGAUGCCUGCAAGGCCAUCGCUUCCCGCAUCCGAGGGGCUGUAGCCGGAGUUGCCUUUGAUGAUUUCCACAAGAACUCGGCAAAGAUCAUCCGCGCCUCGGUCUUUGGCCUGGACGAGAACCUGAAGGUGAAGGAACGCUUCCACUUCCCCCAGAACAACUUGGUCAUCACCAGCAUCGAUAUCCAGUCCGCAGAGCCCGUGGACCAGAGGACUCGUGACGCCCUGCAGAAGUCGGUUCAGCUGGCCAUUGAGAUCACCACCAACUCCCAGGAAGCUGCAGCCAGACACGAGGCUGAGCGGCUGGAGCAGGAGGCCAAGGGCCGUCUGGAGAGGCAGAAGAUCAUGGACGAGGCCGAGGCGGAGAAGGCACGCAAGGAGCUGCUCCUGCUGCAGGCCAACAGCGCGGCGGUGGAGAGCACCGGGCAGGCCAAGGCUGAGGCCCAGAGCCGUGCCGAGGCGGCACGCAUCGAGGGUGAAGCGGCUGUGGAACAGGCUAAGCUGAAGGCUGAGGCUGCUAAGAUUGAAGCCGAAUCUGAGCUUGAUCGUCUGACCCACGCCCGCGAGGCCGAGCUCAAGUAUGUGACUGAGCAGAACGAGAUGGAGAUUGGCAAGUCCCGUGAGAUGUCGGAGAUCGAGACCGACAAGUUUAACAAGAUGGUCACUUCCAUCGGAUCGGACACCAUCCGGGCCAUCGCUGUGUCUGGACCUGAGAUGCAGGUGAAACUCCUGCAGAGUCUGGGGCUGAAGUCUACCCUGAUCACCGACGGCAACACUCCCAUCAACCUCUUCAACACGGCCCAGGGCAUGCUGGGAGGAAUGGUGGCCUCACCGGAAACUGAUUAAACAGACCCCAGUGGUAGGCCAGGAAUGAACGACUGCAGGGAGAGAUAGUGUUAAAUUGGUUUGGGACCCGAAGAUGUAAAAUUUUACAUUAGUCCAAAAUAUAUUCAUUCAUCAUUUGAGUAUUUUUUCCACAAAGAAAAGUAUUUUUUUUGGUCAACAUUCAUUGGAAAAAGUGUACAAAGUUAACACUCAAAUAUAGCAGUCUUUGUGCCUCAUUUAUUUGUUCUGAUGCAACAGAACGUGCCUUAAUGUGUUCUUUACGUUCAUUUUCUUGUGCUUGGUAUUACAGCAGCAAAUUUGCUCAGUCAUAUAACAUGGUGUUGCAGAAUUGUAAUCGAGGCAGUCACAAGUCAUCACAAGUCAUCACAAGUCAUCACAAGUCGUUACAAAUCAUCACAAGUCAUUACAAA